CAGAGUGGGCUACUCCAAACUCCAAACUUUAGAUAUAUGGACAAUAGGCCCCGAAAAGGAAAAUAAUUACUUUAAUGGUGUACUUCUUCUUGUGAGCGACCAGUGCGGAACAACCCACAUGGGCCCAUCUGGGAAAUUGUCCAAAUGCUCACCUGCUUGUAUAAUGGAGUCAGCUGCUUUUGAUGGGUGGCUCGUAUUUUUACAGGUAGCUCUCUCGUGCUCUUCUUGCUCAAUAAAAUGGCGCUCUUUUACUCAUGCAAGGCUUCAAACUCUCUGCAGGUCCAUUGGUCAUACCACCCUAGACAAUUCAGCCACUUGUAUAGUUUGAAAAGAAAGGAUGUCUUGGCUUUCACAGAAAUGGGAAUUGAACACAGACAUAGUCACAUUCUGAGAAGGGAGCCGAGCUUUAUUGGAGGAACCAAACUUAUACUUAUUCCGCGGAAAAUGACAUCCUUACCCUCUAAUACCAAGGGAUUACGUGUUUCUGCUUCGUGGUUCACAAGUUCACAGAUUGCUAGUGGAGUCUUCACAAUGGGAACGGCUGCUGUUCUUCCAUUCUACACGCUCAUGGUUCUAGCCCCUAAAGUGGAACUGACCAGGAGAUCCAUGGAAAGCAAUAUACCCUACAUUGUGCUUGGAGCUUUGUAUGCUUAUCUUCUCUAUCUCUCUUGGACACCUGACACCCUACGGCUAAUGUUUACUAGUAAAUACUGGCUCCCUGAGUUGCCUGGUAUAGCACAAAUGUUCUCGAAUGAGAUGACUCUGGCUUCUGCAUGGCUCCACUUAUUGACUGUUGAUCUUUUUGCAGCAAGGCAGGUGUACCAUGAUGGACUUAAGAACCGGGUUGAGACCCGGCACUCAGUCUCUCUAUGUCUACUUUUCUGUCCAAUUGGGAUCAUAUCCCAUGCACUAACAAAGAUACUCUCAAAGAGCACUGAUGAUAUGAAAUGACAUGUAGGCAUUUCUCUUGUGAAGGACACAUUAAUAUGGAAAAUUGAUGGAUUUUGUGCCUUCUUAUUCAUGGUUUUUGGGUUAAAAGAAUGAGCACCCAUCGGCACAAGGCCAACUACAUGAAGCCCUGACUGGUGUAGAAGGCAAUGUGCUCAUUUUGGGGCUACGUCAAUGUUCAAUUUCAUAAAACCAGAAUGUAUUUUCUUUCCAGAUAUUGUUUUCACAGAAGUGCGUGUAUUGAAAAUGAAGUGGCAUAGAAAUGUACACAUGGUUCACAAACAGUAAAUAACAUGUCAUCUCGACUGUUAGUUGUCAACAGCUGAUGGUUCAAGAUGAACAUGUAUAAGCCAAUUGAGCAUAAGAAUUGGUAAAGUCAACCAUCCGUCGUCCACAAUGGUCGGUUGAUGUGAUUUGAAUUCACUA